AUGCAAAAAAGGCUGCAUGACUGCGCUUUGCAGAGUUUCUAUAAAGAGGCGGCUGCUUGGAGUCACCUCAACGAUCCGUAUAUCGUGCCGUUUCUGGGAGUGACUACCAUCAAAUCCCGAUUGGGCCUGGUUAUUGACUUUAUGGAGCACGGUACGCUGAAGUCAUACUUAGUAAAGCACCCGAAAAGUGAUCGACAUCGAUUGCUUCUUGAGGUCACAUUGGGACUGCACUAUCUGCAUGAGCGCAAAAUAGCUCACGGAGACCUGAAGCUAAAUAACAUCUUGAUAGAUAGCAGCCGCUCCGCACGCCUAGCCGAUUUUGGACUGGCAUCGAUAGUUGACCUCACAACUGAUUCACGCUUGAGCCAUCCGCCCGUGCGGUGGACCGCACCGGAGAUUAUCGACCCAGAGAGCGCCGGUUUAGAGCAUGAUCAAGCAUCCCUACCAGCUGAUAUCUAUGCUCUGGCUAUGGUGAUGUGGGAGACGUACACCGACAGACUGCCUUUCGACGACUGCAAAUAUGACGGCUGUGUCAUAUGGAAGGUCACCAAAGGCAUCCGCCCUCAGCGUCCCAAUGAUGAAGAGAGUACAGAACGAGGGGUCUCUGAUGCUAUCUGGGUGCUGAUGGAGGAGUGCUGGGAACAAGACAGAAAUCUGCGUCCAUCGGCUGACGAGGUUAUCAAUCGCUUAAUUCAGAUCCGCUACCCACGAUGGGAGUCUGCAUACUCUGAGGUCGAUGAUAUCGCGGAGAAAUGGACAGCAGCUGUCGAAAGCUGGCGUGCGUCGCUUGCAAUCCAGGCAAUGCGCACGAACAUACGAUACACUGUAGACCUAUCCCGUCGUUUUCCGUAG